CCCUCAUUAAUCCCCCUCAGAACAUCUUGAUCAUCAUGCGUAUCCAUCUUCUCAUCCCCACACUCAUCUCAGCGAUAGUUAGGUUCACCAUGGCCGCUCCUUCCAGCUCCUCCUCCUCUUCCGCGGUCGUCAUCAUUAGGCCCUCCGAGCUCCCAGAGAGCACGAUCGAGUUCCCAGCCUUUGACAUCCCGGGCCUCGACUACGCCAUCCUCGGCAUCGACUACGACGGCACGGCCGGUGCCUCGCAGCCUUACGCCCCGCCCACCUUCGAGGUUCAUCCGUCCACCACCGUCAAGGGUGCUUACGACGUCUACGUCUCGACCGGCAACGGAAAAAACCCGGGCGAGAAGGAAGUGGAGUGGAUAAAUGGGAAGGUAUGGGCGGGCCAAGUCGUCUGCGAGACUUCGAAUGCCUCGCCCACGUUCACGGAGAUCGACGAUCUGAGAUACAAGCUGCUCAAGCGCCCUCCCUGGUGCGUGCAGAGGAACGGCGGCGGAUCGCAGUGCACGAGGCUCGAGUCCUCCAAAGGCGGCGACGUCUCGCUGUGCGGAUCCCCCAGCAGGGCUGUCGAGUGCGCGGCUAUCUCGUGGGGUUUGAUGUGGAUCAAGCUCAUGUGUCCCAAUAAUGAGUUCAAUAGGGCCGGUGGAAUGUACAAGUUUCUCAUCAAGAAACACAAGUUGAGGGUGGCGCUUCAUUGA